AUGACCCAAUGCAUACCUUCCGAUUCUCUCUUGUUCUGGCUGCCUUUAUGGCUGAUUGGGGGAGAUCGGAAGGUAAUAUCCACCACGCCCUCUCGACUGGGUCUAGGGAGAAAGCGAGAGCUUCCCGCGAGAGAGAACCUCAAGACUGCUGAAACCUGGCCCGCAGAGACACCGAUUCUCGAGCUACAAGAGGUCAAAGAUGAAAGUGAGAUGCUUUCUCUGAGAGGGUCGUCUCCCUCUUCCUCCCUUCCACCACGUCGCAUCUUUGAUGCAGGACUUGAUCCGUGGGAGAUCGAUCUUGGGGCUCACAAGGAAGAAAAGAAGCGAUUCUUCCUCGGGAGAGAUGGUCCGGCUGCCUUUAUAGCCUAUACUAGGAGAAGCUCUCCAGCAGCAUUUGGGUUUUUGUACCUCGAUCGCCGCUACAAUUUCAUCCGGAAGAGAGAAAAUAGCCCACCAUCGGGCCUUGUUGGGCAAUAA